CCGUUAUCAGUGUCGGUACUAUCUUAAAAGUCGGUGUCCGUGUCGUACGCGUAAGCGACGAGUUGUCCGUGUCAAAAGCCCGUCGAUUCCGGACGGGUCCGUGUGUUUCCUCCCUCGUUCUCGUUAAUUGUCAAACGACUGUUCGGGCACAGUUCUACGUUGAAACGCAUUCUAUGUAGGCGCCAAUCACUAGACAUGGUUUUUAUGUUCUUGGUCAUUGCUAUUGCUGCUGUACUGCAGAUAGCUCUUAUUUCAAUUUUUAUCGGUGCUGGAGUUUAUUACUUGGCAGAGUUUGUAGAAGAACACACAAUAUUAACCAAGAAAGUUAUAAAAUGGACAAUUCAUGUUGUGAUAAUAUGUCAUAUUGGAUUAUAUCUAUUUGACAAUGUACCAUUAACAUUAAUUGCUAUUGGUCUUUUGAGUCAUAUAAUAUACUACUUGUUGCUCACAGACUUUCCACACUUUAAUUUAACAUCGCUGUCAUUUAUUAUGUCAAUUAUACUAUUGGUUGGCAAUCAUGUGUUAGCCUUCAAAUAUUUUCGACAACGUUAUUCAACAUUAUCAGAAGUUAUUUCAUACUUUACUGUAUGUUUAUGGACGGUACCAUUUAUGUAUUUGCUAUCUUUAUCGGCCAAUGAUAAUACUUUACCUGUCACAAAUGUGGAUGACAGUGUAGUAACACAUUAUUUCACUAAUCGAAAACGGAGUUACAAAAUUAAAAACCUUUUCACUUACCUUGGUGAUUUGACUGGUGAAAAUAAUCAUUCUAUGUAAUGGUUCAAUAAGUGGUACUUGGUACUUCAAUGUUCUAUAUGUAUAGAAAUAAAUGUAUGUUUAUAUGUUUAAUUAUUUGUAAGAAUGUCAU